GAGUCGUGUCGUGUCGGUCGGCAGUCGGCGCGCCAAUCACGCCGCGCCCGCCGAGCUGGCGUAGCGCGUCCCACACUACGCGACCAACUUUACAGCGCGCGCCUGCCGCCUGAGUACGCUGCGUUUUCAGAAGAUUCCGCGGAUCGUGAAUGUGUAGCAAGCACUGUGUGUGAGUGUGUGUCCGGUGCAGUAGUGGCCGGUGGCGGUGAACUUUGUGUUCUACCUGUAGUUUCUUCAGUACAUCCGACCAGAGGCGCGGCCGGCUCUAGCCGCGCUACGGCUACCGACUACACCGUGACCUGGCAAAUACAACACUGGUGCUCUCAUAAUUUGUUCAGCCGCGUCUACUGCCGCUCGAUCCGGACGAAUACUUCAGCUGACUCCAGCGCGCCUCUCCCGACAUACCCAAUAGAGACCGAUGUGGCUCCGACUCCGACGCCAAUCAACAAUCGGAGGCAGCAGUGAGCGCGCGGUGGCCGCUCGUGGAGUAGGCGGACGAUGAUGGCGCGGCGGGAGAGCGCGCGGCCCGCGGCAUGAACGGCACCGAGGGGGAGGGGUGCGACUCCGACGUGGGCGUGCAGCCCGCCGACAAGCUGUUCCGCUUCGUGGUGCACGGCGUGCUGCUCAACGCGAUCGGCGCUGCCGGCCUACUCGGCAACGCGCUGUCCGUCGUCGUGCUCUCGCGGCCACAGAUGCGCUCCUCCAUCAACUGUCUGCUGGUGGGGCUCGCCGCCUGCGACACCGUGCUCAUCCUCACCUCCGUGCUGCUCUUUGGCCUCACCGCCGUUUACCCGUACACGGGCCGCCUGCGCUACUACUACUACCACGUCUGCCCCCACAUCACGCCCUACGCCUACCCCAUAGCCAACGCGGCGCAAACCAUGUCCGUCUAUCUAACGCUGAUCGUGACGGUCGAGCGGUGGGUCGCCGUCUGCCAUCCGUUCCGCGCCAAGUCGCUGUGCACGUCUUCGCGGGCCCGCUGGUACGUGCUGGGCACGGCCGCCUUCGCGCUCGCCUACAACGCUCCCAAGUUCCUCGAGGCGGAGGUGGUGACGCGCAGCGUGGACGGCGAGCCAGUGUACUGCGUGACGGCUGACCUGCACUUCCGCACCGAGACCUACAUCGUGGUGUACAUCCACUCCCUGUACAUGAUCGUGAUGUACAUCGUGCCGUUCUCUGCGCUGGCGGCGCUGAACGCGUGCAUCGUGCGGCAGGUGCGGCGGGCGCAGGCCGAGCGGGCGCGCCUGUCGCGGGUGCAGCGCCGCGAGCUGGGCCUCGCCACCAUGCUGCUCGUGGUCGUGCUCGUAUUCUUCCUGUGCAACCUGCUGCCGCUCGUCACCAACUCGUUCGAAGUCUUCCUCGGGGACCAGCUAGAAAACUUAGAUCCUCUCGUAAAGACGAGCAAUCUUCUGGUGACAAUCAACAGUAGCGUAAACUUUGUGAUUUAUGUGAUAUUUGGGGAGAAAUUCAAGCGCGUGUUCCUGAAGAUGUUCUGCGCGGGCGGAUGGCGGCGGCGGACGCGCGACUCGCCGGAGCAGACGCGCGACGACUCGUUCGCGUCUUGCGGCGAGCGCGUGUCGCUGCGUCUAGUGCGGAACGGCACGCUGCGUCGCUCGGAGCUGCGCGCGCCCCCCCGGGGCCGCAGCCGCCGCGCCCCCUCCCCCUCCGUGUACUACCCCACCCCCCUCACUGACGUCACCAGCGCGCUCUCCGUCUCUGAGCCGCCGCCUGCCGCCAUGCGAUGGAACGGACACACGCGGUCGCACUUCUAACUGCAUCACAUACAUUAAUAGAAUACAGAACAAACUUACAAAUGCCACCAUCAAAUACCAUAGUGGUGGUGGUGCGAUGUGUUAAAGAACAAUAUAAUAUUAUGAUUAGUGAUAAGUGUAUUGAAAUAAUUUCCCAAGUGUACUACAUUCGAUGUUGUCGAUUGGAAUCGUUUGAGUGCGGAACAAUGACGUCACAAUGAACAAUGCGUGAGUGGCCGGACACAUGACACACAGUGGCGUACAGUGGCGUACAGUGGCGUACAGUGGCGUACAGUGGCGUACAGUGGCGUACCUUACGCACGGCCUAUAGUGGUGUGAUGUUGAAUCGCGUACAACGCUUUAUAUGGAUCAAAUGCAAUUGUUUAUUGUAAACUAUUAUCUGUGUAACUCUCUGUAAAUACCCUUUAAGUAUUUUGUUCAUUUUAUGAUUGUUAUGUAGGUGUAUAGAUUAUUAUCAGCGGACAUAAAUAAACGAACAAUACAAUGAUAUGUAUACAUACAUUCUCAAUAUGUAUAGACGGGUUGUCUUGACAUACUCGUAUGAGAUAGGCGGCAGACAACGCGUUGUAACUUUCAAAUAAAUAUCUCGUCAGA